AAUUUCCAUGGAUCUAUGACAAACUCCUCACUCUUUGCAUCAUUUCUCUUUUGUAUGUGUAUCCAGACCUCAGUCAACAAUGUCACAACUCCGGCCCCAGCCACAGGACCGGUCACCCAGCUGGUCAGUGCACCAGUGGCCCCGGCCGCCACCGUUCGACCAGCUACGGCAAGUGAGGUCAUCCAGCAGCUGGUCCAGAAGGAACAGCAGAAGCAGCUCCAGAACAAGACCAUUGCCCAGUUGGCACUGAUACUGCAGUUACAGCAACAACAGCAACAGCAGCAGGUUCAGCAACAGUCUCAACAGCCCUUGGUCAUGUCUACUCUGCAGACUACUACACAACCACAGAUCACAAACCAGUUGCAGCAGCAGAAGGUCGCAUCUGUUUCCCAACAGCGACAGCCUAUGCAGCAGAAGGUCAUUCCGUUGUCCCUUCAGAAAACGACCAUCCCGAAUGUCCAAGUAAUCAAACAGGAGACCAAACCCACUGUCACCACAGUCCCACAGCUGGUCAUCCAAACUUCACAAAAUGGCAACGUUGGGAACGUUGCCAUUGUUGGCUCCACCAUGGCAACCGUCUCCAGUCCGAUGAUUAAGUCCACAGAGUCCACCACCACCACGAACUCCGUGUCCAAGAUUGCCAUCCCACCUCUCUCCUCCUCGCCUAAUGGGGGCGCCAUGCAUAUGGGAAAGAAGCCUGAGAAACGCAAGUCCCACAAUGCCAUCGAACAACGCUACCGGAAGAGCAUCAAUGGCAGGAUUGAGGAUCUCAAAGUCAUGCUAUUCAAAGAGAAUAAGAAGGUAUCAAAGUCACACACACUUCAGAAGGCAAUAGAUCAUCUAGUUGGUCUGAGGAAGAUGUGUCAGACUCUCAAGCAGGAAAACAUCAAUCUUAAAGCAGAACUUGACAAAUACAAAGGAAUAACCACAGUAACCGAUGUGAAGGAGCCUCUGACCCCACCAUCAUCCUUCACAAACUCACCCGACCACUGCUACGUCUCAGGCAGCGAGCCCGACUCUCCAUACUCCGCUCCAGACUCACCCAUGGACAUGUCGCCACCAAGUCCGGUCCACUCCGCUCCGUCAGGGGGUCUGCUUGAUAGGACGAGACUAGUCCUCUGUGUGUUCAUGUUCUCUAUCCUUGCCUUCAAUCCGUUUGGAUUCCUCAUCAACAAGGGCUUUGAGAGCUUUGUGGUUGGCAGCGGGACUGGGUUCGGAGGCGACUCCAUGGUCGCAGGAGGCAGGAAGCUGAUGGGAGAAGAAGGAGGGAGUGGCGUUGAGACAAGGGUCCUCUCCUUGAUCUGGCAGGUUGUACCUUCUCUCUUGGUUUGGUUGAUGAACGGAACCAUCAUAGCGACGGUCCUCAUAACAAUGCUGUAUGGCGACAAGACGGCCAAGAGUUCAUCAGUCAAUAUCACAGCCUAUUGGAGAUACAGGACUCAGGCUGAGCAGGAGAUAAUGAAGGGUAACAUUGCCCAGGCUCUGAAUCAGCUCUUCCACUGCUUUGCUGCUCUCGGUCGCAACCAUCCUCUGGGGAUGCUGGAGUACUACACCUCUUUCGUCUGGAACCUCCUCAGCUUCCCUCUCAACCUCAUCUUCAAGGGCCGUGGGAUCGGUGCCCGGCUCUCCAGGCCGAAGGCGGACAAGCAGAAGGAUGGGGAAUACCCCGUUGGGCAGACCACUGCAAGAGACAUUGCCAAGACAUACCACCACAUUGUCCAGCUCUUCUUGACAGCUAAUUUUUCUCUUGGUGUACCGCGAGCCUUCUACAUGGGUAUGUGCAGCAUCAACCACGCUGAGAGGGCCAGGGAUGCUAUGAGUGCGAUAGAACGGGCUGAGAUCUAUGCCACCGUAGGGGUGCUGAUCAGAACCAAGUUCUCUAAAUCACUCCAAUGGCUGGCGAGCCCAGUGUUCUAUCGAGUGCGGUUCAUCCUGAAUCGAUCCAAGAGCCCCACUCCACCUAUUCUGAAUUGGACCUUGGUUGCUUUCUCCCAUCACUUCAGACACCAUGAUACCGUCCCAACCUCUUGGCAGGGACCAAGCUACUUUACCUCCAUCACAGAGAAACGUAACCCAUUGGUAGUAGUAUCCCAGCACCUGAGGGAGCAUAUGAUACACAAUGCACUCCGAGGUAUCUUAGCCCUGCAACCAGUACAUGACUCACACAAGACCAAGACAAGUGUCAAUGAAGAUUUCCUGAUGCAGCUGAACAGGCUGAGCAUUUCUCUUGACGAGGCUUCCAGCUUCUAUCAGCAGAAUGUAGAUAUGACCUCCAACCUUCAGGCCAGGAAUGAGUAUGAUCCAGUCGCUCGUUGGUGGGUUAACCUGCUUUUUGCGGCAGCCUACUGGCACAUUGGUGAGGAAGACAAGGCGGAGACAUACAUAAACUGCAUCGACUCUCUGCCUCCCCAGCUCCAGAAAGAAUGCUUCCCUCUGGCAGCCCUGCAAGCCUGCAAGGCGCGACUUGCCUUCCUCUCAGCUGCUCACAACGACAUACCUGAUGAUUGUAUGAGGAUGUCUGACCUAGCAAGCAGCAACCUUGUACGGAGCUUGGAUGCCUGCUACUCAGCGGAUAGCUCCAUCAUGCUCGUCCAGCUCCUGGUCGUCGACUGGCUGCUGUCGACCCGCUCUGCGAUGUGGCAGAGACGCCAGCAGGGCUCCCCGUCCACCGUUACAGCUACAAAGAAUGAAUUGUCAUCCUUCCACCAAGACCUCACCACACUCAGGAAGCUGGCCAGUGAACUGCCGGACGUCGGGUCAAAGGUUACCCUGUAUGAAGCCAUCGGCCGGUUGAUGGCAGGCGCCAACCCCGUCCGGACGCAGGUCCUUCUUGACCAGAACCUGAGAAAGAGGAACACAGAUCCCAAACAAAGAGAUUUGGAGGUAGAGAGCAGGACGACGGAGCACGACCGUGCCCAGUCACUACUGAUGAAGAGCUGUUACCUCUACUCCACCAUGCCAUCUGAUACCGCAGAGCGUAAGAACCUCCUCAACGACGCGGUGCGCUCACUCGAGAAGAUCGGCGAUCACCGUGGCAUGCAGUGCUGUCAGCAAAUGCUACAGUCGUUGCAGAAGUCCGGCCCAGCGCAACCCACGAAUACUUCAGUCACAACGGCUUGUUGUUAAAACCUUAAACUUACUCCUUUUGUACAUGUGGUACUUCUGUCAUACCCAUGAAGCAGACGCCAGACCGAUCAAAGAUAUUACAUUAUCAUCUAUAUAGAGUGUUCUAGCGAUGCAUCAAACACGUGUAUUUUGGUCAGCAUCAAUUGCACAUGCAGUAUCACAGCGUAUCCCUAAAAAGGACCGAUAUCCGACGAAUAUCCCAUAGACUCCUGUACAAAAUUUGCUAUUGAAUAUGAGAGCUUAUUCAACAGUUUGGGGCGCGUACGCGAAUGCGUGAAAUAUACAACGCAUACAACAAUGAAAGCAAUGCGGUGUGCAGCUAGAGCACAACUACGCUCAAUGACGUCAUAAUGAACUACAUGCAAGUUGCAUGUCAACGAUCAAAUUUGAUCUUAUGAAGUGAUGAUGCCAUUAUGUGAUAAGUGAUAUGACUUGUUUAAUCAAAUUUCUCCCUCUUUUUGAUUGCCAGGGGUGGGAUAGAUGAUAAUAAUUAUAUUGGAUGGCGUUAUUUCAUGAAAUACCAGAAAUAUUCCACUUGUUAGGGCCAAUAUUUUCCCGAACUCUUGGAAUAUUUCUUUUAUUCCAUUCUGAGCCAUCCAAUAUAAUAUAAUUAUUUUGAAAGGCAUAUCAAUCGUUGGUUUGGAGUCAGCUUCAUUGAUGGGACUGUAACAUAAAUGCAGAUGCUCAAUAUAAAAAUGUUUCAAACUUCAAUCUGUUUGCAGUUAAUUGUAUUUAUCGAAAAUGAUGUGGCUAUUGCUUCGCUCGUGUUUCAAACUUUGUCACCCUGUUAUGCAUGAGCCAGCAGUCUGCCAGCCACAUACAGCGAGUAUGCCUAUCAUAAGAUCUUUUUAAUGGUAUGAUGGUAUGUUAAAACCUUUAACGUGGAUAGCUCAAUGUAUGAACAUCCGCUUUAUCUGUAAAGCUCAGCCAAUUCCUAUUUUACCUAAAGCAGGCCUUCUUUAUUUGUAGGAAAGAUUAAAAAGUAGCUGGAACACUAUAGUGAUCUUGUCUUUAACAGUGAUCGAUGUCUAAAGCACAGUAGCAUUCAUAUCCUUUGUUUUGUUCACUGUAAUCAUAAACGUCAAAUUUAUGAGGUGAAAAAAGUAUAAAUAAACAUAUAUAUCUGGAAUGACAAGCAUUUUAAUUCAUGCUUUGAUUGGAUAAAAGUCAAAUCUUUUGAUUAAGGAUUGUUGUGAAUAGUUAUAUAUUUUGUAAUAUAUUUUGAUCUUUCAUUCACUUAUCUGUAAAAUUCCAAGGAGUUAUUUCAUGAAGCUGUUUCAUAAGUCAUGCUUGAGUUAAAGGAGAAUGAAUCCUUCAGAACAAGAUAGCUUGUGUGAAAACAGAAAAUCAAAGAAACAGAUCAACGAAAGUUUGAGAAAAAUCGGAAAAAUAAUGAGAAGGUUAUGAGCAUUUGAAUAUUGCGAUCACUAAUGCUAUGGAGAUCCUCAAAUUGGCAAUGCGACAAAGAUGUGUGAUGUCACUUGUGAACAUCUCUCCCCAUUACAUUAGUAUAUAUUUAUCAUAUGACGUAUGAUGGUGCUGCUCACAUCUGACUCUCCGUAUCAAAACUUCAUCUUAUCAAUCUAUAGCCCUAGUAUUCUUUGAAGCAUUCUACCAAAAUGUGUAUGUUUCUCUUUUUUUCCACUCUUUAAUUAUAAUCGACCUUGGUCAUGGACUCAAGGUUAACUUCUCCUUUGCUACCAGUAUUGCAAAAUUUUAUUCAAACUGUUAUAAAUUCCAUAUUCAUUUUCACUGUACAAGUGAAAUUAAGUUUUGGGGCAAGCAAGAUAAUAUUAUUUUGUAGAGCCAUGAAUUGUACACAAAAUCAUGUUGGAGUAAUUGGUCUCAAAUUAUGUUAGAGAUUCAAGUAAAUAGGUCAUGAAAUGUAUACUGUUAAGUGUUAUGCAGUUAAUGUUAUUUGUAAUACCCUUGCCCUUACGGUGAAAUUAAAUGUAAGUUCAUAAUAAAACCUUAUGUAAAUAUGUAUAUAAUAUGUAUAAAUUGACUUUGCAUUCAUCAUAUAUAAUUUUUCAAAAGUUAUGAUUUUUAAUGGGAGAACCAAAUAUCCUUGUAUAUCAAACAGUUAAAUUGCAGGAAAUGCAUGAUAAUUCACAUUUUGUUUCCUUCAUGGAGAAAGAAACCAGGGGGAAAGUCACUUUAAUAUAGUUUAUUUUACCAUUUAUCCUGAAAUAGUUAUUUUGUGGUCAAGAAAGUUUUAGUCAUAGCAUAUUGAUAGUGUUCCUUUAUAGUUAUAUUUUAGCAAUGCAUGUAAAUAAGUAAUCAGCAUAAUUUAAUCAAGUUUUGUAAAGCGGGUUAAUAUUCUCAUAAAUGUGUGUUUCUUUGAAUAAAGUAAUCUGUAAAAUUAUCAAAUGCUUUAAUUUUUAUCCUAAUUGCUGUUUUCAACUGACUACUGCAUUGAGCAAGUGGAAGAGUUCAAUAACCUAGCAAUAACGUAAUUCCUCGUAAGAGCAAGCAGAAAAGACAAAAUUUAAAAUUCCUUUAAGGACGUUCCACUGUUAUGUUUGUGCGCAUCAUGAUCUGCGCAUAUUUUACACUCUGCGCGCUGACGUCACAAUGGAUGAACUGGCGAUUUAAUCAGCUGUAGGUAAUGUGAGCUGAUUUUUUUUCCUUAUCUGCAUGCACUAACUGCAGAUCUGAUGUGUUAUUUUAUGAAGCUAAUAAACUGGAAUUAUUCCAUGGACCAUUUUUUCUAUUCCUCUACAAUUUCAAAAUAGUUUCUCUGUAGUGCUGCAAAGUAUGAUGAAUAUGAUCCCGAGUUUUGAAUAAAUGGAAAAGUGGUUCGGAAUUUUCCCUCACAUAGAUACUGCUUUUGGCGCGUUUUCGGGUGUUUUAAGAAGCAAAUUUUCUCUAAUAAGAGUGCUGAUAGAAAUCAAGCACAUGAACACAUAUUUUUUAAUGUUUGCCCCUCUUAGGUAUACCUUCCUGUACAUCUUUGCAAAGUUUGGUGAAAAUGACAUGGGUUUUGAAUAAAGUGCAGCAUUUCUUUUACUUCUCAA